UUUGACCGAUCAAACGAUCAGACCUGCUUGCCUUGUUGCAUCUCUUCAACGUCACCAGCUGUUUCCCCAGUUCCGGACGUGUCCCAAACCUCAUCUUUCCCCAGAUCUCUCCACGCGAUAGUAACUUGACGCCGGCCAUGCUCAAUCUGCUCAUCGCUCUGCUGGUACUCGUCUUCCUCGGUCUCAUGCUUGUUGCUGCUCUCCUUGUCCUGCGGAACCAUCGCCGGUCUCGAAAGCAAGCUGAACUUCCCCUCUACAAUGAGAAACCGGGCAGAAAGAAUUCCAAUCACCGUCGUCUUACCAUUACUGCUGCUCCCUAUGGCAACCGCUCCGAGCCUGUCUUUGUCUAUGACGAAAAACGCAACUUGGUCGAGAACUCUUCCAGCCCUCCCGAGAGCCCGAUUCCUGAGAUCCGCAUCACCUUCCCGGAAGAGGAGGAUGAGGGUGGCAAGCGAAAGUCGGGCCGCGUCCUGGUUGUGCAUGUCGGAGACAAGAGCGUGGGAAUGGAGCCCCUCGAGGAAGACCUGCCUCCGUAUCAUAAGGGAGAUGAUGGACGCUUUCAAUCCCUCGACCUGGAACGAAUCGGAGGCCUGAAGGAGAAGGAGUUUGAGCAAAGAUUUUCAUGAUUCUUGAAUGGUCUUGCUUGGUACUUUACCUUCAUUCAAAUUAGAUCUAGCCCACUUUGCACUGCAAUUUGAGCUCCCGUCUUCGCUGGCCCAUAUACCCGUCUGCUGAUUUACCAACGGUUGUGUUGCGUCUUCCGUCUCUCUGCAAGGCCGAUCUCUGCUCCUCAAAAUCUAUUGAUGACCAAUUUCCUGUCCAUCCUUUACUCGACGGCACGAAUACUUUUCUUUAUC